GGGUCCACAGGGCAGGCCCCAUCAAGGAGCCAGUGGGUGCAGCCAGCAUCGUGAUUCAGGUCCAGCGGUUAAUUAGUAACUGGAAGGCCCUGCAGCCAGCUCUCAGCUGGCAGGGCUGGGAAGUUGAACUUGAGCUGGUUUGGGAGCCUGAGCAAGUGGGUGACAGGUCGCUCUUGACUGGAAAGUUUGUUCCGGCUGUUCAGGAUUGGGGGGACCAUGCCGAGAGACAGGAGGGCAGAGCCGUGCUUGGGGCUGCUCCCCAGGACCUGAGCUGGGACCCAGAGUUUUCAGGGAGGCGAUGUCCCCGAGGGAACAGAGGUCUCCGGUCCCGUCUUAAGUUCUACUGGCUCCUGCAUGACAUCAACAGCCCCCUCGCUGCUGCUGGGAGUUUCGAGCUGGGUCCAGGCCUGCGCCAGGCACAGACACUUGGGCCCUUGUUGGGAGAACAGAGAGAGGCUCUCUUGUCCACUGCCCGUCCUCCGGCUCCAACUGCUGGUUCUGUCAGCAGCCUCUCCUCAGGCCGUUGCAGUGCCCAUCCGAUCACUGGUACAGAAUGGACUCCAGCCAUAGCCUGGCCAGGACCCCCAGUCCACAGCUCUCAAGAGCCAAUGGGAACAUCAACUUGGGGCCUUCAGCCAAUCCAAAUGCCCGGCCCACAGACUUCGACUUCCUCAAAGUCAUUGGCAAAGGGAACUAUGGGAAGGUGCUGCUGGCCAAGCGCAAGUCCGACGGGACGUUCUACGCAGUGAAAGUGCUGCAGAAAAAAUCCAUCUUGAAGAAGAAAGAGCAGAGCCACAUAAUGGCAGAGCGCAAUGUGCUUCUGAAGAACGUGCGGCACCCCUUCCUCGUGGGCCUGCGCUACUCCUUCCAGACGCCUGAGAAGCUCUACUUCGUGCUGGACUAUGUCAAUGGGGGAGAGCUCUUCUUCCACCUGCAGCGGGAGCGCCGGUUCCUGGAGCCCCGGGCCCGGUUCUACGCUGCCGAGGUGGCCAGCGCCAUCGGCUACCUGCACUCCCUCAACAUCAUCUACAGGGACCUGAAACCAGAGAAUAUUCUCUUGGACUGCCAGGGACAUGUGGUAUUGACGGAUUUUGGCCUCUGCAAGGAAGGUGUGGAGCCAGAGGACACCACAUCCACAUUCUGUGGCACUCCCGAGUACUUGGCUCCAGAAAUGCUUCGUAAAGAGCCUUAUGAUCGGGCAGUGGACUGGUGGUGUUUGGGGGCUGUUCUCUACGAGAUGCUGCAUGGCCUGCCGCCCUUCUACAGCCAAGACAUAUCCCAGAUGUAUGAGAACAUUCUGCACCAGCCGCUGCAGAUCCCCGGGGGUCGGACGGUGGCCGCCUGUGACCUCCUGCAAGCCCUUCUCCACAAGGACCAGAGGCAGCGACUGGGCUCCAAAGAAGACUUUCUCGAGAUAAAGAACCAUGUAUUCUUCAGCCCCAUAAACUGGGAUGACUUGUACCACAAGAGGCUGACUCCACCCUUCAACCCAAAUGUGCAGGCCGGCCUGGGCUGGUUCACGUGGUGGCCUGAGGGUUCCAAGUGCGGGAAGAGAGAACAACUCCCCAUGUGCAUUUUUCAAGCCUCUGAUUGCAUCGCAUUUGGUAAUGUCCCAUUGGCUUAAGCAAGUCACACGGCUAACUCAUAUUAAAGGAAUGGAAAAAUAGACUCCACCUCUGGAUGGGAAUGGAGAAUUUGUUACCAUUUUUAUAAUCUCCCACACAGAUCGUCCUCCAAAACAUCUAAAGCAGCCCAGUCACUCUCUACCAUGUUACACUAUUUUCUUUUUCAUAAGACCUAUCAACACCCUGAAUUAUCUAUUUGUCUAUUUGUAUACAUGCUUGUUAUCAAUCCUACUCCCUGCAUAAUAUAAGCUCCAUGAAAGCAAGGGCCCACUCUAUUUUGUUCUUCUGUAUUCUCAGUGCCAUGAAUAGUGCCUGGUAGGCAUUUGGUAAGUAUGUUGACUAGACUUGUCUGAGGGUUGGUGUGGAGCAGGGUGCCAAGGAGUUAGAAGAAUUGAUAUGUGGUUAUUGGAUCUCGCGGAAUAAAAUAAUAGGUAAGUGACUCAGAGGGGAGACCCAACAUUUCCCUCAGGGCUUGGGGGUUCUUUUGGCAGCUCUGGCCCCAGGCUUCCCUUUUCAUCAUUGGCUUAUA